CAUGGAACUUAUAAAGUACGAUGAAACCAUACAUCCAGAAGUAUGGUUAAAUACGAUCAAAUUAUAUUGUUAUAAAAAUCAAAUUACAAAAAAAGAAGAUAUUAUAGAAUUUUGUAAAUCCAUGAUUCAUCCUUCGAUUAACGUAUCUAAAGCAAAUACUUUUGAAGAAAUUUUAAAUACUUUAAAAAAUGAUAUCUUUUUUAUCUCAUUUAAGCAUUCCGUUAAAAAAAAAUUACAAAAGUUAAAAUUUGAUCCAAAAAAUAAGAAUUAUAUUCAAUUAAUUAAUAUAUUCAGAGAAUAUUGUUAUGAAGCGGAAAUUAAUGUAGAAGAACAAAAGAAAUUGUUACUAGAAAA